AUGCACUACAUCCGCGCCUUCGAAGUCGGCCGCAACCCAACGUCCUCCAAAUACGAAAUGCACGUUCGCUUUCGCACGCUCAAAAAUGGCCCUGCAAUUCGAAAUCGCUUACGCCUCCCGCACCCUGUCAAGACCGAUUUGCGCAUCUGCGUAAUCGCGCCGCCAGACUCUAAAGCCGCCGCCGAAGCCCGCGCCCAGGGCGCCUCGCUCGUUGGCGAAGAUGAGAUCUUCGCACAGGUCAAGGAUGGCAUCAUCAACUUCGACCGGUGUAUAUGCUACCUCGACAGUCUGCAGAAGCUGAACAAGGCUGGGCUGGGAAAAGUGUUGGGUCCCAAGAGGCUGAUGCCUUCGACGAAGACGGGCACGGUGGUUAGCAAUGUUGCAGCUGUUGGAGCGAUGGUGAGGGAUAUGGUGAGCGGAAGUGAAUAUAGGGAAAGAGAUGCUGUGGUUAGAUUGGCAAUUGGGCAGCUGGGUUUCACGCCUGAGGCGAUGCAGACGAAUAUCAAGACAUUCAUGGACUCGGUGAAGAAGGAUAUUGCGCGAUUGGUGGGUCCCACGAAGGAGAUACACGAGGUCGUUCUCAGCUCGACAAAUUCGCCGGGUUUCACGCUGAAUGGCGAAUUCAAGGGCGCGAAUUCGGUCGCGCCGAGAGAAUUGUCGGGGCCAUUGUAG